UUGGAUGUCAAUGAUGCCAUUUAUAUCAAAUUCAGGCCUGUCUCACGUUCCGCGUCAUCUUUGUCACCGAAUUCAAGUGAUCCAGAUCGACGGCUGCGACGGCAGAUUGCCAAUUGUAAUGAACGUCGCCGCAUGCAGUCUAUAAAUGCCGGCUUUCAAUCGCUGCGUGCUUUGUUGCCUCGAAAAGAAGGUGAAAAGUUGUCGAAAGCUGCGAUACUUCAACAUACCGCAGACCUCAUCCAACAGCUGCAAAGCGAACGUUCACGUUAUCUUGAUAACGAUGAGGCUGGAGGCAAGAAGCCCAAAAUC